AUGGCAAAGCCAUUCCACAGCGAGGACGACAAAGCGGGGACGAUCUUGAUUAACACGUUGGAGCUUGAAGAGGAGCAAGGGCUUCUGAGCAAUGGAUAUGAUUUUGGGAGGGAGAACAAUGCUUUUGUCCAGAGCGCACCGCAUGGUCGGCGAUGCUGUAAACAAAGAGCGCGUCUCCUUGGCAGGAUCAAAAGCGCCGUGACAGUUGGCUGCAUGGGUCUUCUUCUUUAUGGCUUGCUACGAUCGUACAACAGCACGCCGACCGAGACCACCGAGCCAUCUUCCCCGUAUCCGCAAUCACCACCUGCCAUCUGUCAGACACCAGAAUGCAUUCAUGCAGCAUCGGAAAUAAUCUACAACUUGGAUCCCAACUAUGACAAAGUUGACCCCUGCACUGACUUCGACCAGUUCGUUUGCGGUGGAUGGCGAGAGCGCCAUGAUAUGCGAGCUGAUCAGGGCUCGAUCUUUGCUGGGACGAUCAUGGCAGAGAACUCUCAAACCCGGCUGCGCCAUAUACUGGAGCUCUCGGAACCUCCGGAGUCGGCUGAUGUGGAAAACUUCGAGAAGCUCAAGGCUGGAUACGAUGCUUGUUUGGACGAGUCCUCGAUCAGAAAACGUGGCGCCCAGCCUUUGGCCGACUUGCUAGCGGCGCUACAGAAUAUCUAUCCUCCCAAGAGUGGGCUUGUCGCAGGAACACAGGAUCAUCUUACUCGCGCGAUCCUAUUCCUGAUGGAAUUGGGUGUUGAGGCUUUGGUGUCCUCCAGUGUUUCUCCCGACGAUCGGGACCCUGAUAAUGUGGUGAUAUUUGCCUCCCCACCUCGAGAAAUUGGACUCCCGGCGAGAGAAUACUAUAAUGACACUGAGACACUGGCCGACUACUCGCGGGUCUUGAAGGAGACACUUCAAGAAUUCGGUGGAAACGCCAAGAUUGCUGAAGAUAUAGUCGCCCUUGAAACAAAGCUCGCACAGGUGACCCCGGACACAGCAACCCAGGAGGACGUUACCAAAUACUACAACCCACACAGCAUCAAGGAAACCGAGUCGUUAGUUCCCGAGAUCUCCUUUGCAGAUAUUAUUACGGAGCUGGCACCGCACGACUAUAAGGGCAAUCGCUUGAUCGUGGGAUCACCCUCUUACAUGAAGGACUUGUCUGACAUUCUGAAUGAUGCCUCUCGGGAAACGGUGUCGUUCUUCUUGCAGUGGAAGCUCAUCCAGGCAUACUCUGCUAGCAUUGAAGAUGACAAGAUUACUCCUCUUCGACAGUUCAACAAUAAGCUCCAAGGCAAGGAUCCGCAAGCGACCGAAGAACGAUGGCGCAAGUGCCUCAGACGCCUAGAUGAAGGUCUCGGCUGGAGCCUCAGUCGCUUCUAUAUUCUUGACUCAUUUUCAGAGGAGUCGAAGAAACUGGGCGAUCAAGUUGUGUCUGAUAUCAAGGAACGAUUCGUUUUCACCCUGACCCAAACCUCAUGGAUGUCCCCCGACGUGCGGAAGCUUGGUAUAAAGAAGGUGGAGAACAUUGUUCAAAAGAUCGGAUACCCAACCAAGAGUCCCAAUGUGUUGGAUGCGCAGGAUGUGGAGAAGUACUAUCGCGACCUGGCCGUGUCCGACGAAAAGUACUUCGAGAAUGAAGUUGCCGUGGCCAAGUUCCAUCUCCGUAACGAGUGGUCCAAAUUGGGGAAACCGACCAACCGGGAUGAAUGGGAUAUGACUGCGCCAACCGUUAAUGCCUACUAUAACCCUCCAGGAAACGAGAUUGUCUUCCCUGCCGGCAUCAUGCAGCCCCCAGCGUUCUACGGGCCUGCUGCCCCCUUAUACCUGGCCUAUGGUGCGUUCGGUGCUGUCAGUGGCCAUGAGCUCUCUCAUGCAUUCGAUUCCACCGGUCGGCACUACGACGAGACUGGAAACUAUACAAAUUGGUGGGAUGACGACACCGUCAAGGCCUUUGAGGAGCGAGCCCAGUGCUUUGUAGACCAAUAUUCGCAGUUCACUGUUGACGGCCCUGGCGAUAAGGUUCUACAUGUCAAUGGACGGUUGACGCUAGGCGAGAACAUCGCUGAUGCGGGCGGCCUGACGGCCUCGUUCCACGCCUGGAAGAAGCAUGAUGAGGCAUCUCCGGAUCUUCACCUGCCCGGCCUGGAUGCUUUUAGCAAGGAGCAGCUAUUCUUCAUCUCUUACGGAAACUGGUGGUGUGGCAAGAGCACCAAGGAGGCUGCAGAGCAAGCCAUCUACAACGACCCGCAUGCGCCCAAGUCCGCACGGAUCAUUGAAACCAUGGCGAACUCACGAGAGUUCAAGGAUGCAUUCAGCUGCCCCGAGAAGAAGCCUGCCUGCAAGCUUUGGUAA